ACUUUAUUUAUUUAGGAGAUGUCGAGUGUAACGGUUGGUGAGUGUUUUGAUCAGCUUAGUGAGGUUAUCUGCCACUAUAAAACUAACAAGACCCAACAUGAGUACUCCCGGAGAUGUAUUAAACAGGAUAUUGCAUUUGUGAGCCAAGUUUUCAAUAAGCUGCAGAUGAAGAUUGAAGAAAUACGUAUGAACAGACAGUUUCAGACUUAUAUUGAUAAGCUAAAACCUUUACUGAAAGCAGAACACGUACAGAGGAAUAUACUGGAAAACAAGAUAAAACUCCACAAAGCAAGCAAAUGCGAUACUGUGGAGUCCAAGAAACUUUCCAUUCAGCAUAUCUGCCAGGCGCUAGGAUUGAAGUGCGUAGAAGGUGACGAUUUGAAAAGUUACAUAAGUUUUGACGCUAACGAGUUUUACCUGGAUGUCUCUUUCGGGCAGUCGUCCGACUUCAAAUCCGAGAGUACGGGAGCUAAAGUGAGUUUGGUAACGGAGGGAAAACCAGAAGACCAGCCCCACAUAGCGGACACGCUUAACGAGUGGGACUUUAACAAAUUCCAGGAACACCUCAAGGGGUUCAUCAGCAUUUUUAACAUUCCUUUGGAGCCCAGAGUCCGACCUAUCCUGUUUUCUGCUCUAAGAUCGCUGGAGAGUGACCUGAUUGUGAUGAGUAAUAGUCCAGACCCUCCCACCUCCUACUCUAUCAACAACACCCACACUGGUCACGUGAUAAAGUCACGUGGUGGCAUGGGCAUCAAGAUACUGUACUUCCACAACACGUCACUGAUUAACAGUGAGAACAAAGUGAAAGCCAAAGAGAAAGUGAAAGAGAAAGUGAAAGUGAAACUAGAAAGUGGGACUGGGAGUGAUGUUUUGGGGGAGGAGUCAGCUAGUGUGAGUAUCGGAGUGGAGUGUUCCAAUACCAACCAACUACCAACACAAAACUUGUUUAUCAGAAACAACGAGUUUAAACAGUUGUCCCUUAAAGUUAAUUCCGAAUAUGUGGAAGCCACAUUUGUAAUGAGGCUAAGUAGGCCCCUUGUAAUGACCGUAUCUAAGAUGAACGCUCUCCUCAAGAAACUAGGAAACAACAGUCUCAUUAAAGUUGAGGCAGUGUCCACCACAUUCCUGGAGUUGUUGCUCAACAAUGCGGGGUUGAGCCAGGUGCUGCAAAACAAGGAUAAGUCUCUGAAACACAACAAACUGAACCACGUGUACUACCUCCCCUGCAGUGGCGAUGAGAAAGCUGUUGAAAUUCACCGUAUUCCCUUCUCACACCCAUCCCAGGUCCCAGUGAUUAUCAACAUGUUACGACAGCAAACAGUCUACAACAGGCUGAUAUUAAGUUGUCAUGACAACCUCCCAACAACAACAUGUUGCAACCAGACCACAGUUGACAUUACCCUUCAACCGGGCUGCUCCAUCGAGUUCGUGUUCGCUCACCCCGAGCUACCCCAGCUCUGUGUUAUGAACAUGGACAUUUCACCACAGACCAGCUUCUCCUCACAGACCAGCUUCUCCUCACAGAUCAGGUCGGAAACUGUGGUGGCCGUAUCCUCAUCUGACACACAGAAAACAUCAGUUCUCAGUGGGAUUGCCAGUAGAUACCUGUCUGUUCCUCUGACUCUGCAUAGUAUACUCAGGAUCCUCACCCACCACCACAAAAACAACAUCAAACCCGUGAAACCCAAACAAGAAACAAAGGAAUCUCCCGUUAUCUCGUCAGACUACGAUAUGAGCUCUGUGAAGGUGGCUAGUCCUCCUCCAACUGUAGUAAAAUGUGAAGCUAUGAGCUCUCUUUCUGAAUACAACCCAGUUCCUACAGACGUCGGACCAAUGCUCACACCGCCUCCCAUGUCCCAGGGACACAUGCCCACCAUGUCCAGCCCUUUCGGGCCUGAUUCUCUCAAAACUAUUCCAAGCCCACCCGAUAUUAUCGCUCAGAAGAGGAAACGCCCCGUUGGAUGUGAUGGAGAUGAAGCUCUGCUGAAAAAGCCCACCAAGCUGGUGAAGAUCUGUGAUUCAGUUGUCCCAAGUAUUCCUGUAUUAUCACCCAUGAGUGGACUAUCUAACAACACUAUCAGACACCCCAUGAGACCCAUCGGGCCACCAUCUCUAAAACCUGCCCCAAUACACUCAUCGUCCCCUCAAGGAGGACUGGGUAUAAUACCGUGUUUAUCACCCGCGCCGCGCAUGACUCGAGUCAUGCCAGCACUGCAAAGUAGUGUGCCGAAUUUACAAAGUCCUGUGCCGGCUCUCCAAGCAGGGAUACAGAUUAAGAGUGAGUCUGAACAUGACCAGGGUGGUGAGGGGAAUGAUAGUAACACGUGACCUCGUGUGGUCAUAUCACGUGACUGAAGAUUAUAUGUCUAUUCCAAUUGCAAAAUUCGAACUUUUACUUAACUUCUUGUGAUGUAAAUUUUGCUUCAGAGAAAUACGAUCGUCCGUGUUGGUAAUUUAAUUCAUUUCAUUACUCAAUGUGGGAGCAAUCUUUUAACUUUUAAACUUUGUAUCUU